CGUGUCCAUCGAUUGACGAUUUAUGACAUCGCUGGACACCUUGGCGCUGUACAAGCGCGUCUUGUUGCUCGUGGAUUCCCCUAAGCUUCAGCGCACCUUCAACGUCGUUUUAGAAGAGGAAAUAUCUGCUUUGGCCAAAUCCGUAAGCGACGUCGUUGCAGCUUUUACCAAAGUGGAGGAAGUGCGGAAUGCAGUGAAUCAACUGGACAAGGGUAAAGGGUCCACCGGGCGCAGUGAGACUGUGCUGGCAGUGAUGGACGGCACAAUGAAAUUGCAGCAGGACUUGUACGAUAAACUGCAGAAGGUGGCGAGUGGAAUAAAGGUGGACGACGUGGAAGUGAAAGUAAAAGAGAUGAACCUGCAGAAGAGAAAGCGGGAGGAAAUGGAUAAAGCUUCUUCCAGUGACUCCUCGUCAUCUUCGUCCAGUAUCGCGGAUAGUAGCAGUGAAGAAGACGACGAAGAUGAGGACGAAGAGAUGGAGAAUGAGCACAAGAAGCAGAAAGUGAGUGAAUCUUCUGGUCCUACUGACAAAAAGGGAAGUGCGGAUCUGGCUUUAGCUCACGAGGCUCUAAGCGCUCUUUCGACGAUGAGGCCGGGUAGCUUUGAGAGUAAGGACGCGUGGGCACAGGCGCUGUUCAAUCUCAAGCUGAUCCUCAAUCGCCAGUCAAGUCGUGAUACAACAGAUAAACCGACUGCUGAAGUCACUGCCCGUGCACUUGAAAACGCUGUGCUAACGUUCAGAAACCUCGUGUGGACGCCUGAAUGCGCAAAUGAAGUUCGAUGCUUAAUCACUGCUUUGUCAUGUGCUUGCUCCAAGAACGAGGUGCUGAGGACUUACUAUCAUCGAGUUCAAGCUCAACUCGAGAGUCUCGAGAUGAACAAGACCGCCCAGGCUUCUGGAGAAGCGAAAUCUGCUACUCCAGUGAGCGCCAGGUCGUUGCGUGAUACGGCCCAGCUUUUACAAGACUUGGCUCAAAAGGUUCACAUUCGGCCAGAAAGUGAAAAAGCGGAACACAUUAUCAAAGCGCUCGAUGUGAUGCAGCAAGUGAUGGCAGAUGAUCGUUCUUACGCACUAAAACCCGUCGUGAGAAAUUAUGUUGAAGUUGUAAGGCGCUGGGUAUGUGAACUUCCAUUUCGAGAUGAACUGGGUACCGAAUACAAACGCUUUGCGGGCAAAUUUGUUGAGUAUGGCAAGAACAUUCACGGUCACUACAACCAGGUUGGUUGGCAAAGACUUGCUACUAGUCUGCUUCAGUUAGUUGGUGAGAGGAGGAAGCGAUCCGCAGAAGAGUCUGGUUAAUCGCCAACGGGGCUAAAAAGGCGACAAAAGAAAUGCGGGAUCGGCCUAUCGUGAUAUUUGCACAAGUGAAGCUCAAGGGAUCUGAAGCGGUAAUGUCCUGCCAGUCCGAGGAUCGGGAUCCACUAGCGGCUCCAAUCUCGGGUGUGCGUUCAAAAGUUGAGUUGCUACAUCCACUUUAUUCACAAGAUCGAACAGUGGGAAAGUACACAAAAAAUGUGAACAAGUGGAAGAGAAGUAUUGACAAGUGUCGAGUUAUUACUAUUCAGUGGUGGAGGCUAGGAACUGAGCCAGAGGAUUUUGAAAAACUGGGUGGUCGUCACGAAGCUAUGCCCACGCAAAAUACUGAUCAUUGUCUCCAGAAAGAGCGCACGAGAAGCUGCUCCAAAACUUUAGGAACACGCCCUCCAAAAGCAACACAUGUUGUGUACUGCUCUUCAUGUACGUCGAGCGGGUGAUUGCUGUUCUCUUGUACUCAUCUCGAACUUGCAGGGUACACGAACUUGGGGCGGGUUUCUGGUGGAAAUAGCCCCAAGAGCAAGACCGGAACGCUGUGGAGCAACAUUCAUCAGACACUGUCAGCAACAAUCCAGAUUAUCCAUCAGCAAAAUGAAAACUGCUACUCACCGUGUUGACCUUGCUGCGUAGUCCCCGCGCAUGUACAUCAACUGGCGUAUAAUACAAACCAGUUUCUCCACAUGAAGACAUCCCUCCA